AUGAGGCGUGCGCCGGCCGCCGAGCGCCUCUCGGAGCUGGGCUUUCCCCCGCGGCGCGGCCGCCAGGAGCCGCCUUUUCCGCUGGGUGUCACUCGGGGGUGGGGAGGAUGGCCCGUUCAAAAGCGCCGCGAGGGGGCCCGGCCAGUGCCCUUCAGUGAGCGCUCGCCAGAGGACGGCCGAGGCCGGGCAGCUCGCGGCCCCGGGACCUGGAGGCGCCUCAGGACGCGGCUGUCCCUGUGCCGGGACCCCGAGCCGCCGCCGCCGCCGCCGCCGCUCUGCUUCCUGCGCCUGAGCCUCCUCUGCGCGCUCCGGACCGGCGGCCGCGGGAGCCGCUGGGGCGAGGACGGCGCUCGGCUGCUGCUGCUGCCCCCAGCCCGGGCCGCUGGAAGCGGAGAGGCCGAGCCGAGCAGCGGAGGACCCGCUUAUGCCGGGAGGAUGCUGGAGAGCAGCGGGUGCAAGGCGCUGAAGGAGGGCGUGCUGGAGAAGCGCAGCGACGGGCUGCUGCAGCUCUGGAAGAAGAAGUGCUGCAUCCUCACCGAGGAGGGGCUGCUGCUCAUCCCGCCCAAGCAGCUGCAGCAGCAGCAGCAGCCGCCGCCGCCGCCGCCGCCGGGGCAGGGGGCGGCCGACCCGUCCCAACCCAGUGGCCCCGCGGUCGCCGGCCUGGAGCCGCCGGCCAAACUCAAGGAAUUGCACUUUUCUAACAUGAAGACCGUGGACUGCGUGGAGCGCAAGGGCAAAUACAUGUACUUCACGGUGGUGAUGGCGGAGGGCAAGGAGAUCGACUUUCGGUGCCCCCAGGACCAGGGCUGGAACGCCGAGAUCACGCUGCAGAUGGUGCAGUACAAGAACCGUCAGGCCAUCCUGGCCGUCAAGUCCACGCGGCAGAAGCAGCAGCACCUGGUCCAGCAGCAGCAGCAGCAGCAGCAGCAGCAGCAGCAGCAGCAGCCUCCACCCCCGGUCCCCCAGAUCCAGCCUCCACCCCAACCCCAGUCUCAGCCUCAACCCCAACCCAAGCCUCAGCCUCAGUCACUCCACCCUUACUUACAUCCUCAUCCGCACGCGCACCCGCACCCCCACCCGCAUCCACACCCGCACCCCCACCCGCACCAACUACAGCACCCGCACCAACUGCCGCCGCUCUCGCAGCCGCACGGCCACCGGCUGCUCCGCAGCACCUCCAACUCCGCCUGAAGGCGGCAGCACCCGGGCCAGACGCGGUUUGGAGGACUUGAGGAAGUGGGGCGAUAGCAUUCGAUGGUCUUCCCUUGGAUAAAAAACAACAAAACCACAACCUAACCACAACAACAAAAAACCCCAACAA